AAUGACAUUCGCGGAGACUGGCUUUUUGAAAACGUUGGCGGCCGAGGAAGUUCUGAAUAGAAAGACCAGAUAUUCCACGCUGUAAAGUAACCAGUAUUUCCCUUUCCUACAAUGCAGAAUAAGGAAAAUUACGAGCCUAGAGGUCUCCAGAGACCGUUUGCGACCCCAAGUACGGUCACAGGCCCACAGCGUGUUCUGGUGAAGCCACGAGCAGAGACAAUCAAAAAUGCCAUCACAGGUCCCGGAAGAGAAUGUGUUGGCUCAUCCUCCAGCUUAGUUUCAAAGAAAAUUUCCAUUGAUGACUUCGACAUCGGUCGCCCACUUGGAAAAGGCAAGUUUGGCAAUGUGUACCUUGCAAGGGUGAAGGAGCUGCAAGCAAUUGUGGCGCUGAAGGUGUUGUUCAAGUCCCAGAUGGAGAAGGAAGGCGUGGAGCAUCAACUCAGGAGGGAGAUUGAGAUUCAGGCCCAUCUCAAGCACCCCAACAUCCUUCGCUUCUACAAUUAUUUCCAUGACCGCAAGAGGGUGUUCUUGGUUCUUGAAUAUGCCCCACGUGGUGAAAUGUACAAAGAGCUACAGAGAUGUGGAAGGUUUGAUGACCGGCGUAGUGCCACGUACAUGGAGGAGAUCUCUGACGCUCUAUUGUAUUGCCAUGAGAAGAAAGUGAUUCAUCGUGACAUCAAGCCAGAGAAUCUGCUUCUCGGUUAUCGUGGAGAGCUGAAAAUUGCUGAUUUUGGCUGGUCUGUCCACGCACCGUCUCUACGACGCCGCACCAUGUGCGGAACACUGGACUAUCUUCCUCCAGAGAUGGUCGAGGGGCACACUCACAGUGAGAAGGUGGACUUGUGGUGCAUUGGAGUCCUUUGCUAUGAAUGUUUAGUCGGCAACCCACCAUUUGAAGCAGCCAGCCACUCAGAAACAUACAAAAGAAUUAUGAAGGUGGAUCUGAAGUUCCCUAAAAUCGUCUCAGAUGGUGCUCGGGACCUGAUCUCCAAGCUGCUUCGCCACAACCCCAUCGAUCGCCUCUCUCUACAGAGCGUCAUCGACCACCCGUGGGUGCGCUCCAACUCCCACCGGCUCUUGCCUCCGACCUACCCAGCCAAGAAAUCCUGAGCCCACCUGAGAAGCCUGCUUCCUCUGAGGGAUGUUUUAUCUAUCCUCCACAAGAGACUUUAUAUAUAUGCUCUGUACAUGACGAAGAUAAGGAGAAAAAAAUCUGUCAUUUGAAAAGCUGGAACUUUAGAAUGUGAAGAAUAUUUCACUACUCUUGCUUGAAAAUGACAGCAGUUAAUAGAUCAUCAAAGAAUUGCUGUUUUUUUUCCCCCUAUCACUUGAUUAAUUGCUCCAACUAGUAAACAUGCGUACCCACUUUUUUAAUUUUUUACAUUGUACAAUGUGAUGUCAUUAUCUAUGUCUAGUUCUUUCUCAUGAGGUGUUUGUAUUUUUAUUAUUUCUUUAUUGAAACGUUUUAAAAUGCGCAUGGCUCUGUUUUGGAUUUCUGUGUCAGAUGGUGUUGACACCAAAGUACUACUGCCUCCAUCUGAGUAUAUUCUCAAAUAGUUUAAGAUGACGUGUUUAGGGCUUGGGGGCUGGAAAGCAUGCUUUAUCUUUCUCAAGCUGUAUUUCUAAUAAAUAUUCUGAAAGAA